CCCAGAAUUGAACUAGGGAUCUUCGCAUUAGAUUGCUAGACAGUUUACUGUCUUAGUGGUACAAGUGCGACGCGUUACCACUGCGCCAUGGCGGCAAUGUAGAUAACUGGAUCCCUACUAUUGCGCUUCUUAUCAGAUGCGCAAUUUCAUAAUCACAAGGCAUAACUUCACCCGACCCUCACUCACUCACUGUUGCCUAUGUACGAUUUAACUUUCCACAGCUGACAGAUUGUGCAUAGAGGGCAGGCGCGAAGGUGCAUAUUCUCCACAUAGACAAAGGAAUAGUUUCCUCGAGUAUGUCUAAACCACCUCUCUAUAAAUAUUUCAAUAUUUUAAUUGAAUCUCUGCUACAUUGUUUCUUCAUCGCUUGCCGUUGUUCAUAUCAUUCUGCGUAGGCGGUCACAGAACCGUCGAUAUGGACAAGCUUCCAACAGAAACCGUGCGAGUCAUCGCUGAACUCAUUGACCGCGAGGACAUCCUAUCUCUACGCUUGACAUGCCGCUCCUUUGCAGCCCUGGGUCUGCCACGGCAGUUCGAAGUGAUACCCGUAAUGUUAUUCCGCAACUCGCUCGAGAACCUGCUGCGUAUAUCAGAGCAUCCCGUCUACAGGAACUACGUCCUUACCAUCAAGUAUGGGGGCGAAUUGGUGUCGAAUCCUAAAACCCGAAUAGCCUGGACCAAAAACGAAUUUUUGUUACCUGGGGCGCCGAAAAAGACAUUCUCCGAGAGCGAGGUCGAGGAAGCCUACCAAAGCCACGUCCGGUACUACAAUGACCAGAACCGCAUGAAGGCCACCGGAUACGACUUCGAGAUGCUCCAAUCCGCCAUAUCCCGCCUUCCAAACUUCAGAGGAGUGCGCAUCAUGUCAUUAUUCUCCGAGAAUAGCGCAAGGUUCGCGAACCCUCCGCCAGCAUGGGGGGAAGCGUUUUGCAGCAUGGCAAAGGUCAUGGGUAGCCCGUUUCGUUUUUUGUCGUGCUGGGAGCCUAGUUAUUUCGUCCGUGAAACCGUGGCGGUUCUUGCGGCUUGCAAAUUGGCGCCGCAGGCCAUUUCGUGGUUCGAUUCUAAAAAUUUCGAGCUGGGCCUCUUGAGUUGUGAUGGGGAUGAUAACGGUGAUGGGGGUGGCGGUGGGGGUGGAAAUGGAGGCGAAGAUGAGACCGAGGCUGAUUAUAGGAGGCACAUUGUCCGAUUGUCCAGGUUCAACAACUUCGUCAGAGACCCUACAAAGGAUCUAGGUCCCCCGCUCCUGUGUGCUACAUUUCAAAGCUUGACAACCGUCAAAUUGGAAACCAGUUUCACGUAUAACCCAAACUACGGACUCUACCAGCAAAGACUCGGAACUGCACUCAGCGGUGCCAAAAACCUACAGACGCUCUGCAUCAAUCACAGAGGCGCCAACAGCGAACACAAUUUAUCCUUCACCCCCCUCCUCGGCUCCUCGACCUGGCCCCACCUCAAACACAUCUCUUUAUCCUCUUUCACUAUCCACGAACACGACCUCCCCCCCUUCUUCGCCCACCACCCCUCCCUCGCCCACUUCACCCUCGACAACGCCUUUGCUUACGACUUCGACUGGGCCACGCUCCUCCAGCUCCCCUCCCUCCGCACCCACCUCCGCCAACUCCACUCCCUCACCUUCACCGGCAGCUGGGGCGCCAACGCCUGGACCUCCGCCCUCGCAGCAGAAGUCGCAGCCCAGCCCUGCUUCGAUAUCCACAGCUACCUCGAGGGCGUGGACGUGGAUUGGUCUUUCCCCGAGGCACUCGUCGGGCAGGUCGAUCUCAACGCCCCGUUCGCGAAGUGGGCGCAGGACGUGUGCGGCGCAAGCUGCAUGAGCGAGGUGCUGAGGCGGUAUAUCUUUGCUGGGCGGGGGGCGGGGGGGGAGGUGGGGUUCCCGCUUAGGACGGGAGGGGAGGUGGCGGAGGCGCUGGGGAGGGUGAAGGAGGAAGGUGGGGUGCUGGGGUAUAGGGCGGGGAGUUUGGUGGUUGGGAAUGAGGCGGUUGUGGGGGGGGAGUAUGGGGGGAGGAAUUUGUAUCGGGAGUAUACGGAGGAUGGGGAGGAGGUUGUGGAGGUUGUGGAGAUUGUUGAGGAGGAGGAGGAGGAGGAGGAGUAGGAGGAGGAGGAGGAGGAGGGUGUGGCGGGUAGUGGUGGUGAGGCGGAGGGAGAUGUUGGGAGAGAGAAUGGAUUGUUAGAGGAGAGUGUGGCGGCCGACAGUGGCGAGGAAGAGGGGGAGGGGGCGCGAUGAUGUGCGGAUGCUGAGGGUAGGGGUUCGGGAGAUGGUGCUGGCUGAUGGGGAACAUUACGGUUUAAGAUGACGGAUGGCCUGUUGGGUUUCGGUGAUGAGUAGGUACGUUUGAAUAUCUAUCUACCCUUCUUCUUUUAAAGAGGGGAAGUAUGAAGAUUAAUUAACGCGGACGGGUAUGUUGUCCUCCCUCCCUCCCUGCGAUUUGUGAGGAUGCGUAGGAGAGAGAGAUAGAUAUAGACGGAUAUAGAGAUAGAUGAUAAUGUAUAGGGGCUGUUUAUGAAGUAGUUAUCGGCUUAUGGAGGGGAAAGGGGAGGAGAGGGAAG